AUUUCGACCCCAACUACCCUCUAAACAGCAUCUCUGUCAAGGUCAGCUUCAAAUUUUUUGAUUUAGCAAUUCUUAACACAAAACGUGACGUAACUUGUCAAAGACAACGUUACAUAUUUCAUAACUGUCUGAAUAGAUGUCAUGUAAUUCACCUGUACACCCGUGCACCACGGCCUACUACGAUAUAAACAGCCUCGUAGAGGAUCAGUGGAACUAUCUAUCACCUUGCAGUUGGAAUUCGACGACGGCUGCGAGUUCUGCAUCGAAUGGUAGCGCCGACACUGUCUUUUCGCUGGAACCGGUCCCCAUCUCCGGAGAACUAUUCAGAUACACCAACAUCAACGCCGCUGUAAGCCCAGAAUAUGACGGCGGCGCAGGACUAGAUGCAGAUUGCACAGGCCCAGACACACAAAAAUGGGAGGAGAUAAUCGACUCACUAGCAGACAAAAUCAUGACCGACUACGCCUCCUUUAUAAGGGAAGGAGGACAAGGGAGUCAAUACAGCACAUGCGUAGACGCAAGCAUCUCCAAUAUUAGCAAAAGCAUGGUGCAAGGCAUACUGGACCUACCCCCAUCUGCCCUAGCGGUGAAAUACAUAACUGAAUACUCUGAUACUCUGUCAAAAAGCGUGAACGAAGUUGGAGCACUAUUUCGAUUAGCUGAAAAAUUUGAAGCUGAAUAUGUCAAAAAAAUAUAUACAAAAACUGAAAAUUAUGUCAUACCCAUCCCUGAGACUGAUUCGAACUAUCCUCUGUUUCCGGAUACAAUUCCAGAAAAACAGAUGCAGUACGACGUGAUGUAUCAUAAUCAAGAUGAACCUGGUGCGAGCGGGCUAAGAUGCAGUCCGGAGGCGGUUCCAGAAAAAAUAACUUGCAACAAUAAAGGUACAGCUGCCAACAGCAAAGACAGCCACGAUAAAGACGUCAAAACAAACAACGCAUCGACCCAACCUGGACAAAAGAGACACCGAUCGAACCUACCGAGUUAUGCACGCGAAAUCAUGAAGCGCUGGCUAGAAGCCAACAUAGAUUCGCCCUAUCCUUCUGAAAAAGAUAAGCUUGAACUCGUCAAGAAGGCAAAAAUCACCAUGAACCAAUUGAAUAACUGGUUCAUCAAUGCCAGGCGGAGACCUUCGCCCUUGCUCGCGCAAGCACAGAAAAAUUCAAAGGCACACCGUCCGGGGAGACCGAAAAGAAAAAGAGCAAAGGUCCAUGACAUGGACGACAACUUUGUAUUAUAAAAACGCGCGUAUAGUUGCCAGUCUGGCCAGCUGAGGUCCCAGUCGAUGCACAUAUUCUAAUAAACAGCAAGUGCUUGUUUUAAAAAUAACGUUUUCUUUCUCUAAAUAACGAGAAAGCACAGUAUAUGUGACAGAACGUACGCGGACCGAGAAACUCACGACGUGACAGCUUGCAGGUGCCGAUACAGUAAUGAGAAAAGGAGCGUCCCCUGCUGAGCACAGUCGAACUACUCUUGGGAGUGCAAAGACCAAUUAUAGCGUUCUGAAGUCCGGUGUUCGGAGGUGUGGAAUGUACGCUCACAUCGUACGCAAA